AUGGACUCGUCCCGCUCAGCAGGCUCUGACGGCGGCGCAGACAGUGACCCACGCCGGCUGUCCACAUCAAGGUCGACGACCAAUUCGUUCACAGACAAUACGUUCUGGAGCGAUGAGUCUUACGACCUGGCCGAUCUCACCGUCGCUGAUGGAUUUCGUCCAACCCACGACUCGUUACGAGCACCGACCCCACCACCUACAUCACCACCUCGAGCCACUCUUCAGAUACCCUCUGCCACAAACCCACGAUCACAUUCGCCUUCACCGUCACAUACAUCAGUCGCGUCAUCCUCGCAAAACCCUCCCCCACAGCGGGAGAGCACAGAAAUCGCCGCCCUCAACAAUGGCCUGUCAAUAACACCAGUGCCCCAGGCGCCAACCCGACCUAGGCCCUCGAGUAUAUCAAAAUCACACCGGCCUCAUGAAUCCCUGACUUUGCGGAACGAGGGCCACCAGACGCGCGAAUUCCCUCUGACACCUAGUCCCGCCGGGAUCGCAACUCUCACAACGAGUUCAACCGGGCCAUCUCAUCCCUUUGCGUCAUAUGGCCAGCGCACAACAGAUGAACCUGUCGUGUCGUCCGGCGACGCCGGUAGGGCUUCAGAUUACAGUGGUCCCCGUGGUCCAACCCAUCCAUACAGCCUCUAUCCGCAAGGGACGGCGCCAAUGGAAGAGACCGACGACCAAACGAUACCCGUGGGCUUCAACGGAAUGGGCGCCACGUAUCAACGACAAAUAGGUCCGGAUGGGGAGGAGGCUGGUGAUUUGAUUGGGCCCGAUGGGCAUUUGGAAGAGCUGCCGCCCUACUCGAGAUAUCCUGAGCCAGCCAACGGCCGUCGUCCUUCAGCGGACGAGGAAGGCGGUCAGGUCAGUUCAGCGGGCGCUCAGCCAACUUCAGGAGACACUCCGCCCCCGCAGGGAGCUCAUGUGCUUGCCACGGCCGCUUUGGCUUCCGGGGCGGGUGGCAUUGGCAUCGCUACUCGCAACCCAGAGUAUUCAUCGACCGACGAGAACCUAUCUGUCGACAGGUCUUCGCGGAGCGUUGAUACUACGGACACCAACCGUGGCGACAUCAACGUCGCCGCCCGCGACUUUGCAGAGAAGUUGCCCGGUGGAAAGUGGAGGAGAAGAAUGCGGAGGAAGUUUCUCGGCGUCAUCCCGUACUGGGCCAUCUGCCUGCUGGUGGUCGGCCUGAUCAUUGUGGGCAUCGUCAUGGGCGCUGUUUUGGGCAUCUUACUGUCCGACAGCAACAAGAAGAAACCGGACGGUAACGAGUCCAGAAUCACGCUGGCACCCCAACCGACAGCCGAUGUGGACUUUCUCUCCAGUCUACCCGACGGCCUGAAGCCUUUGCCAGUGGGCUUGUUUGACUUGCCGAGCCUUGACGCCGCCCAAGCUCCAAGGUCCUGUUUCAACGACACAACACAGGCACAGGCCUGGACCUGCGAAAUGCCCUUCCGCUACUACUCGAUGGAAAUUGGCAUGAACCCAAAUGCAUCCGAGGUGAAGAACUACAACAUUCAACUCGAAGCCAUCAACGGCUCCAAUGCUGUAUACGUCUGGGGAACGCAGCCACCGAACAUCCCCGAUCCCGUCGUUCUCAGACUCGUGAAUGACAGCUUCGAGCCUGGCAGGGGUCCGGCGUGGUGGCGAGAGGUCUCCUAUGAUAAGAGGGUCAUCAUAUCCGAGGGGAGCUUUGACGCUGGUCACAACGACAAGCGUGAGUGGACCUUUACUGGGGGUUCGGAGGCUGGAUUCAACCCAACACGGUUCAUGAGCAACAAACCAGGGCCAGCGGUCGGAGAGAAGGCAUGGAUUUGCACAUGGCCGAAUGUGACAAUGGAGAUCUUCAUCUAUCCCAACCAGAACGCGAGCUCGCCAUCCUGGAGCCCUUCGUCACCGACGCCGGGCGCGACGCCCACAUCGACCAGUGCCGCCGCCGCCGCCACAACAAGCCAAGUGCCCUAUGAUCCCACACCGGCCUAUCCCAAAGUCGUCAAGUUCCUCGAGCGACGAUUAACGGUGGACGACGAUUCGACCGCAGCCAUAUGCGAAAAGGUCCAGAUCGUCAACGGGGGCAAGGGCAGCGAGCCUGUGCUGGAUGACAGCGGCGAGCCCAUCGCGGUCGUGGUCACAGAGAGACGAAGUACCGUGGAGGAGCUGCUCGAGCAGCAAGAGCGCUCACGGCACCCUGACACAGAUCCCGACCCCGAGGAACGGAAGCGAGCCGAGAUCACGCAGGUGCUGCGGCGUGAGACCCUGGAGCUGACAGACUGCGGCUGUCUGUGGUGGUCGACAUGAUGGCCCCUGUUGUGAACCAACGCGCCUUUUUCUUCUUCUUCUUUCUCUAUAGCCCUGUUUGUUUGAGCAUUUCGAGGCAUGCACGCCACAUAUUCCAAAAGCGGAUCUGGUGUAGGUAGGCAUGACGGCGUUUGAUAUCCCCUCAUUUCUGUACACAUUACGCAUUGCCGGGGGGGCAAGGACAAAAGGGGAACGCGGGGCCCGGGCGGCAGGCACAUUUCGGUUCCUCACGACUUUCUUGCACUUCCCGUUUUGCGCGCGUUUGAAUGGAUCCCAGCCAAGGGCAGGCUUGCUGGCAGAACAAGGCGGGAACUACUCUGUACUGUGUGAUUGAUUUGGGCAUUGGGCGUUUCUGGGUAGGAUAUGACAACGAUUUCAUCUACAGACGAGGGGCGCGCAGACUGUCGUCCCUCAUAGCUAGACACGUAAAGAGACUUGAUAUUUGACGCGAUCAACGA